GCUUCAACUGCGGAAUGACGGUAAACUCACAGCGACUCCAUCACAGAGCCACGACACGUGACCUGGAGGCCGGCAGUCACGUGUGGGCUGGUUCGGAGGCUCCGGCUGUUCCGGCUCUAGGUGCUUUCCUAGGGUUCCCACCAGCUGCCCUCACGGUGACAAAAGGGCUGCCGCAGCUCCGGGAAACUUACAGUGGGCAACGACAACGGAGGAAGACAGCCCUCACCCGUUCGCCUCCCUUUUUAACUAGAAGAAAAAUCGUUCCCAGAACUCCGCGUCACCGGAUCUCGCUUACUUCUCCCUGGCCCGUACUGGGUCAUAUGCCCACUGCCAGCCAAUCGCUGGCAACGGACUGGCCCCGUUUUCAUUCAUCCAAAAAAGGCGCCGGCCUGGGGAGCUCCAUGCUACGGCAGGAGGACCCUGCACAAGCGGCUGCAGGAGUCCAGGCCUCCGUGCCCUAAGAUGAGGGCUCAGCGCCGCGCCGGGCCGGAGACAGAACGGCCGCUGGCGGUGGAGGGCUGGCUGGAUCCCCGGCAGCGGCCGGGCGGAGCGACCGUGGCUGCGCUUUCCUCCUUCGGUCCUGCCCAAAGGCCCCGGCAGCUCAGCGCCUGCGACCUCACAGUGCCCUCCAGGCAGCCGAGAAGCAAAGUGCUUCCGGGGCCUCCCACCGAGCAGCCACCAGACACAACAGCUGCGCGCCGCGGGGGCUGGCCGGAACGCUCGGCGCCUUCCCACCGCGGCGCCCGCCUCUCUCACCGGAAGCGAGGCGGCCCUGAGGCCCACAACUCCCAGAAACACCCGCUGUCUCGCUCAAGCGUUAUUGUCAAAGCUUGGCGGGUUCCUGAAAGAAUGAUUUCUUCGGAGCCCCACGGCUGGUCCUGUGAACGGAGACGCGACAAGCCGGCCUCUCUGUGAAGCAAUGACUUGGGGCAGGCGGACAACGCCCACACCAUCCCAAUAGCCCCAGAAGACUCUGGUCUCUGCUACUCCUGCCUGAGGUCCUCGCCUAGGCGCUCUCGCGCUUCCAGUGGCGCCCCGCCCCUCCGUCUCCCCAUUGGCUCCCUAGGGCCUCGUGCGGAAGGGGGCGUGGCGUGCGGGCCACUGGCGGGCUUGAGAGGCCGGGCGGGCUUGAGCCUGGGGCUGCAUGGAGAGCCUGGUGCUCGGCCGCUGGCGACGGCGGAGGGCGGAGGAGCUGCAGAAACGGGCAUGCAGGAGAUUAGAAGCCAGUGGGCAUGAGCAUGGCUGCCACCAACUGAACACCUGUGUCCUGGCAUCCUGGGGCCCAGAGGACCAGGAGCCUCCAUCAAGAGCCCCAGCACCGAGGCUAGAGAGCGGCCAGGGGAGGCCAAGUACCGGGAUUUCUCAGAACGGUGGAAGGAGCUGGGCCCAGCCUUGCGUAAGAUGUAUUGCCGGGGAGUCUGGACAUUUUAACCAUACCAAGAAUCAUUAGGAGAUGCAAGCUGGAAAAAAGAAGACUCCAGCUUCGGUUCCGAACCCUCCACGUUGCAGCGAAUGGGAACCUCCUCCAGAUGGGUGUGCACACUGGCCCGUUCAGAUGGCAGCUGGUGCGCUCUGCAGGCGGGGGAGGCUUGUGUGUCCUCUCAUUCUGGUGAACCCACCGUCCUCUGCAGGAGAACCAGAAAUCCACGUCCCUUCAGAAGAGCACCCAACUCACUACUGCGGACUGCAGCCUCCUCUCGAAUGUUCUUGCUUGAGAGGGGGAUCAGCUGCCUUAUUUACAUGUCAAAGAGUCUUGUAUCAAACUUCCUGUGAGCGUGGGCACUCAUGGCCUGUGGAGGCACACCCAGACGCAGCCCUGCCGUUGUGAUUUGUCAUUGCUUUGCCAAUGUACCCAGCACUGCUUACAUACUCUUUCGUUGAAAGACUUAUUUUUAUAUUUAAAAUGUUCUAAUCUGGAAGUGAAUUUUACUAAAUGCUAAUGACCAGUUUGCUCCCCAACCGAAGUUACUAGCAACAGGAUGCCUUUUAUAUUAAAGUGGAAAUGACUCA